ACCGUAACAUAUGCCGUAGGAAACAAAUCCUACAUAUCAAGACUACCAAUCGUAAGUACGCUCUCGUGAAAUCUUCUCCAAGUUGAAUUCAAAACCAAAGGAACUCAACGAUCAAACAAAAAUCUUCAGCAAUUGACCGACAGACAAAAUGAAAACAACCCAGGAUCUCCGCAAAGUAACAAGAUGGCUAGGAAGUCCCAUAGUCUACAUCCACGUAGGCUCUUCAUCCCAAGAAUUCGCCGUCCAUAAAGAUCUAAUAUGUUACACUUCCCCCUUUUUCCGCGCCGCUUUCACAUCUGGAUUUCGGGAGACAGAGACGGGGAUCAUCAAACUCCCCGAAACGGAUACGGAAAUCUUUGACUUAUUCAUGGGGUGGUUGUAUACCCAGGAAUUUAGUAGCGCCAGCUUGGAGAUAGAGGAAUGGGAGACAGAAGCGGAGCGAAAAGUAGUGGCGGAGAGUACUUCUGGCAUUGGGGAUCCCAACGAAACAAGUGAGAAGGAUAAUUACUCUGAAAACCCACUAAAAAGCAACGAAGAAGUCACGAGAAAAAUCCAGGCACUUAUGAAUGCUCUCGAGAACGAAACAUGGAAAGGCGAGGCCGAGGCCCUUCUCGAAGAUGCUGUUGGAAAAGAGUUUCUCGACAAUCUCGCUGCGAAAAUCAACAAGAAGAUAUGGUUCAAAUAAAUGCUCUCAAGAACCACUGUAUCGCCAAGUACGACGAGCUUCGUAGGAAGAUCAAAGAUCGAUAUGAAGGACGUGAUCAUAAUCAUGAUCAUCUCGAGACACCA